CCCGGCCAGCAAAUCUUUUGUCCGGGGCGGCGCUGAGCCAGCAAGGCUGCCGCCCGCUAUAUAGGGGCGGGCCGCGGCGGGCAGGGCGCACCAUGGCGCAGCGCUCGGGGAAGAUCAUCCUCUAUGAGGGCAAGCACUUCACCGGGCGGAAGCUGGAGGUCUAUGGGGACUGUGACAACUUCCAGGACCGAGGCUUCAUGAAUCGGGUGAACUCCAUCCGCGUGGAGAGCGGCGCCUGGGUCUGUUUUGAUCACCCCGACUUCCGGGGCCAGCAGUUUAUCCUGGAGCACGGAGACUACCCUGACUUCCUCCGCUGGAAUGGCCACAACGACCACAUGGCCUCCUGCCGGCCCAUAGGAAUGCAUGGAGAGAACUACCGCCUGGAAAUCUUCGAGGGCUGCAACUUUACUGGCCAGUGCCUGGAGUUUCAGGAUGACUGCCCCUGCCUGCCAAGUCAGGGCUGGUCCAAGAACUGCGUCAAUGCCAUCAAGGUGUACGGGGAUGGAGCGUGGGUGCUGUACGAGGAGCCCAACUACCGCGGCCGCAUGUACCUGGUGGAGCGGGGUGACUUCCGCAGCUUCUCGGACUGGGAGGCCCACAGCGCCCGCAUCCAGUCACUCCGCAGGGUGGUCAACUUCUUCUAGCCGGUCAGGACCAGGGCAUGCAGGGGAAGAGGGCCAGUCACUCCAGCCCCUCCUAGGGCUCAUACCUAGGGAAUAAAAC